CCUCGCUGGCAUUUUGUGCAGCGGAGGAGCAAAGGGAAGCGAGACUGCUGAGGAGGAGACAGAGGGUGCCCUGAGACAACACGUCCCACGCCAGAACCAGACAGGCAGCAACUUUGAUUUGACGCCAAGUCAAAGGCUGCGAUCAAAAUGACGAUCGGGAGGCAGAGCCACGUUUCUUGCUCCCGGGAGGCGUAGAUGUGUCGGGCGUGUACAACAUAUGAUGCCCUUGGACUCAUGAGCUCAAUGAAGAUUUAUUUAUCUCUGAUUCGCCCCGCGUUUCGCUGAUGGUGCCGUUUCGUUGCGCCCGCACUUGGGUCCGCCGAAUGAAUCUGAAGGCAGUCUGAGCGCAUUGUUUCCAGCUCCGUUGCAUAUGGGAUUUCCAGCCGUGAUGUCUGCAAUCUUUCGCUCUUUGUUUCUGGCGUUUCCUGACACAAGACAUAAAGAAGAGCGUCUCACUCGGCGGGGAAUGAAGACGGCUGCUCAUUAGGCGUGGAAAGGUGUACCGAACCAGAAAGAGAAGAUGUCCGGACAGAUUUGCUUGAAAUCAAUGCCUGUCUUCAGAAGCUUCCUCUACACCCUAUUCAGCCUGCUGACAGUGGCCGCCCAGACGGAGAUGAAGAAGGUCGUCGGGGACAAUGCCACCUUACCGUGCCACCAUCAGUUCCCAUCUUCCAGCUCCCUGGACAUCGAGUGGCUACUGCAGAAGCCAAACUCCAAACAGAAAGUGAUCAUUACCUUCUUUGGGGGCCAGGUGUACACCAAUGAGGCGACGGGCAGCGAGGCCAGCCGUCUGUCCUUCGCUGGGGAGUACCUGGGUGGAGACGCGUCCCUGCUCAUCAGUGACCUGCUCCUGACCGACUCCGGGGAAUACUACUGUAAAGUCAAGACUGGAGGAAAGUAUCACUGGAGCCAGGUCAACCUCAUUGUGCUGGUGAAGCCUUCAAAGCCCAGGUGCUGGAUGGACGGCAAACUGCUGGAGGGCAGCGAUGUCAAGCUGAGCUGUAAGUCCAGUGACGGCUCAGACCCCAUCAGCUACAAGUGGGAGCGAGUACUGGACAAAGGCAAGAGUCUGGGCAAACUGCCAAACCUGGCACUGAUAGAUCUCAAGAACCCAGAGAUUGUGACCCUGAGGAACCUCACCAUGGACAGCACAGGUGUGUACAGGUGCACAGCCAGCAACGACGUGGGAGAGGAAAACUGCACCAUUGAGGUCACAAUGCAGCAUGUGCGGGAUGUAGGAAUGGUGGCAGGCGCAGUGGUGGGAAUAUCCCUUGGUGUCCUCAUUGUCAUAUUAAUAAUCUGGCUUGUCUUCCGGAAGAAGGAGAAAAAGAAGUACGAGGAGGAGGAGACUCCAAAUGAGAUCAGGGAGGAUGCAGAAGCUCCCAAGGCCAAGCUAGUGAAGCCCAAUUCCCUUUCCUCAUCCCGCUCUGGCAGCUCGCGCUCCGGUGCCUCCUCCACUCAGUCCAUGGUGCACAAUAGUGCCCAGCGUGGGCACCGUCCCCGCCCGCCGGCUGUAGCAGCUCUCAAGGAAAAUGGACAGCCUCCAGGUUUCCCACAGUCCCCUCCAGCCUACACUGCAGUGGUACCCAAGACCCCAGAACCCCCUGCCACUCCUAAAUUCAACUCCAGGAACAUGACAGGACCAACACCUCCCACCCUCAUGGUGCCCGCCCAGACCAAAGCCUUUCAGACUGUGUAGGACUGAAGAGAACCCCUUCCUGCAGCCUUGUGAGACUAGCACCCCUGACCAAACCCUCUAGCCCCCACCUAAAGACUAAGACUUUUCCAUAAGAAAUGCAACUAUAAAGGAUGUAAUUAAGAGAAUCAAUACUAUUAGUCCUAAAUAAAACAUACUUUUAAUGAAUGCAUACGUAUAACGGGAAAAUAAGACAUGCUUGUCCCCUACUGAAUUAUAUAAAGCAAGAGAAAAAACAACACAACGCUGUUUGUGUCUCUUGGCUAAGGGCGGAACUUAUUUGUGAGUUCCGUCUUUUGGCUUCGGAAGACACAGGGAAGCAUGUGCGGUGAGGUGGAAGGAGCCCCCUAGUAGAGGUUUUAUUUAUUUAUCAAAUCAAAGGGUUAGGCAUGCAGCAGAGAAAAACAAGAAGGGGAAGCAGGGAAAGCUGUAGAAUAAAAACCAAACUCUGAGCCAGGUACCAAUGAAGUCAUACAGCUGUUGAGCUUCAGCUGUCGUCAGAUGCAAAAUGGAAUUAAAGCAGGGUGAAAAGGAGGACGACGGAGGCGAACGAGGCUACAACAGCUACUGCUUCGGUUUUAACUGGGAGCACGGAGGUUUGGGAACGACUCCCGUCACCCGGCGCCUCCGACCGGCUGCUUUCAGGCACCUGCUCCAGAACCGCCGAACCCCCCGCUCGCCUCCCGUGGGCCGGGCCGACUGUGCCCAUCCGUGUGGACGGACACAUUGCACGGCAUGCGCGUCAUCCGCUCGGAUGCGCUCGCUCUUUACGUGCACUCAUAAGGAAAGCCCACGAGAAACCGCCGCGGCCCGGAGACUGACUCAGCUGGCACAUCAGCUUUACCAACAGUUUGUAUGCUUUACCAAUCAUCAGGGGAAACUUCAGGUACAAGGAUGUAGCAUUGACAGCGGAGUCAAAUCAAUGGAGUUGGUCCCACUCCCUCUCCCACAUCCUGUCUACAUUUAUAGACAUCCUCUACCUUAAUAUCUUCCCUGAAUAAUUAAAUAGUAUAUAUUAGGCCUAUAGUAAGUAAAUACUUAAAUAUAGGGUUAAGCAUCUAGUAGACCAGCUAGACUUGUUUUUCUUUGCUAUUUUCUGUUCUCCUUCGUCUCUUCUCUGAACAGGUUGUGAAGGGUGACAGACAGCUGUGUGUCCAUUCAUCUUUUUUAAGAAGUGCCACCACUCCCUAGCAUGGGUUGUUAUUGUUGUUGUUGUUGUUGUUGUUUUUUUACUCUUUUGUUUCACUUCUGCAUUUCUGACUGAAACCAAAACCUGUCACCAUGAAUGUGUGAUGUACAAACGAUGGUCGAUCCUAUUAUUUACAGCCUCCGGGAAGACACCUAAUCAGUUUUUGAGCUAAGGCACAAAGAACUGACUUUGACAUUCAGUUUUACAAUUACCGUGUCUGAAUGAAGGGGGUGAGGAGUAUGGUUCUAGAGACUUCACUUGUAUAGGGUGUGCAUGGCAUCAUUGUCAGUUCUCUCCCUGGAUCCGUAACAAUGGAGAGGCACUCGAUUGCUGUCUCACUGAUUCUCUGGGUCCUGCUUGGUUAUUGGUCGAGCCGCGGUAUCACCCAAUCCCCCCUUUGUCGGAUCCUCAGACGGAGCCAGUGCAGUUUGAUUGAAAGUAGCUGAAAAAGGGCAAGUAGCCUGUCUAGUGUGCCUUUGCAAUCCCUCAUCCCUUUGAUGAUUUCUUUCUUUGUCCUUAUCUUCGGCACACCAGGGGUUAAGUCUCUGUUCACAUCCAGCUUUGAGGGUCAACAGCAGCAAAUGCUGAGAAAUACAACUUCACAAACUUGCCCUAGUAAUAACAGGUGCAGCCCAGGGAGACCAAGCAGAGAACGUUACCCAGGGUGAGAAAGCAAUCCGUUGCCACAGGACAAUGUAUUGUACAUUCUGUAAUCAGUCUUGUUUUAUAUUGUACAUACAGAUAGAUAUACGCACAGGAUGUCAUUUUAUUUACCAGUUGAGGGUAUGUGAGGGGAGGCCUUCCCCUUUACAAACGAGUCAAGCGGGAAUCCCACACGUGAAUGUGAACCACUCUCACUGUGCACAUGUUGCCCUCCACAUACAGAAGUAACAGAAGUCACCAUUUAGGCUCUAGCCUUAAAAUGAGCACGUCCACGUUCACAUGAAAACUAGUUACGUAAAUGGAAAGUGUAGAAAAAUCUAUAUUCUUUGGUACGAAGGAAAAUAUUGGCACGAUUACUGUCGUAUGGAUUGUAUUGAUCACCUGCAAUUAUUGGUUUGGCCUAAUGAAAAAGGUUCUGUGACCUCACCAGGCAGAUUUCCCCUUGACCAGCACAUCGCAGACAAGUUCUCUUGAUGAAACUUGAUGACAUUUGUAAACAUUUUUAAUAGCAUAUCAUAUGUCUUCUCUAAAUGACUCCAUGGAUACUCUCAGGAUUAAUUCAGAAAACCAACAUCUGCCUGUGGUUUGACUUCACGCGCGGGAUUUCACUUGACUUGACUGUAUGGGUAAUCUAGAAAAAUGCCUUUUCUAUUCAAUUAGAGACAGCAGAUCAUAUUGACCAGGGAAGCUACUGUUUGUAUAUGUCUGUGUGCGCGAGCUUGCGUGCAUGCAUGCAUGUUUUUGAAUGUGUGUGAGCGUGUAUGUGUGGGUGUGUGCAUGUAAAUUCAGUAUAAGCCCUUGGGCCACACCCACACAUUUCCAUGUUAGCCAUUCAGCGUGUGAGAAGGGUCCAGUCAGGCAAAGUAGCCUCUAUCCAAAUUGAUAUGACUGCAGACUGGCACCGUUUAUAUUCCUUUCGCCGACUGCACUGGGCUUCACAGGCAACAGUCGUGUUUGUGCUUGUGGGGGCGGCGACUUGAGACAAGGUACGUCCAUUAUUCAUAACUAUUGUCAGCUCUGGAGGCCACUUGUACGCGCUCGCCCUGCUCCUGCUGUCUCCUAACAUAGAAUGCACUUGGCCCUGGGUGUACUGCCGGCGUCUGAAGACAAACACACACACACGCGAUACAAAGUAAAAGAUGAACAGACACACAUGCAUUAGCAGGUACAGCUGGACACAAAAAUACAGAAUUUGCACGGCACUUGUUAUUUCUGCUCCUUUAGAAUCAACUUGAUGGAUCGAAUGUCUAGCAGUAUUACAGCUGACUGAUGAAAACAGCAUAUUGUAUGCAACACAGGAAGGGACACACACACAAACAAUAAAAAAGCUGCUGUAAUACACACAGCUGCAUGCCAACACACAUCCCCACGUUCAGACAGAUAUUGAUAUGCAUCUUAACAAUUUGGAUAGCGUGCGCUUCGAGACUUUUUCAUGGCAAUCUGUAAGAGCAGGAGAGGUGUAACAGGAUUGAUAUUGAGCCAGGCCUGUAGGCUCCCGUCAUUGAAAUUCCCUCCACCUCAGAUGAAAGUAGCAGCGGAGGUGGAGGUGGGGAUGCAAGUCUUCCAGCUGUUAAAUUCCUCCAAGCUUUUUGAUUUGCUUUCCAACAACUGCAGGUCUCAAGUGGCAGAUUCCCCAAUUUAUGAGCCUGUGCAUCGCAUCUCUCCGCUCACGUGUGCAGCUUUGUGGCCUGACAAACCUGCACUCUUUCUCAACAAAUGAAUUUUAAGGCGCUUUUGUCAGUCAGUGGAGACUGGAGGAGGAGGAAACGUCGGCAAACCUCAAGAGUGUCAGCAGCACAGUCAGUGUGCUUCUUUAAAGCAGUAUCCAUCAGCACUAUAUAUUGUCUUAUUAUAAACACUCAACGGUGCAGUUAACAUAAAAUCAUUAAUGGUUAUCCUGUGUUAUAUGAUAGGAGUAUGAAUCACAUGUAGCCACAAUGUUUUAUGUUAUAUUAAGCAGUUUUAUUUGUAAUAAAAGCUGUAGAGCAGCAUAAAACGGAUGCUCAGACUUUGUGGUUGGGGCUUGUAUGUGAGUAUAAAGGAAUGUGAUGUAUUGCUACUGCUUACAGAGGAGAUGGAUGGAGCAGGAGUCGACCUCAAGAAGCAAAGUAAAGGUACAGUACCUGCAUGUCAUAGGAGACGGACCAAAGGAACGGGAAUGCUUUGCUUUGAUGUAACAUAACUGUAUUCGGCUAAAAAGAGAAAAAAAGAAAAUCUACAAUUGUAAAUAUAUUCACAAAGAAUUACGACGCUUUAUUUUAGUCUUUGGCUUCAUUUUUCUUCCAUGUACUUUGCACUUUUUUGUGUGCUAUGCUCAUCACCAACCUGUGUGGGAUCUGUGGUUGGCUGUUUCUCUUGACUCCAUUGUUUCAGUGUCAAAGGGAGACACGCUUCGCGUGGCAUUACUAAAGGGAAAUGUAAGACACUUCUGUUUUCUUUACUCUCAUGUCUCUUCUGCCGUGGCUUCUCUUUGGUUUAGUAAAACAGUACAGAAUUUUUUUUGUUUGUUUGGUUCGUUUGAUGAAAACAAUCCAUGUAAAUAUCACAAGUAAAAAAUGUAUAUUUUUACGACUUCUGAGUUAUUACUCUUUUAUUUGCAAAUAAAAUAUUCAAUGACAACCUA